CACACAUCAGCUUGAGACGUCGCUUAUAGAGAACCCUUGAAGAUACCCUACCCAACGAGAGACAUCACGCAUACAGCAGACCGGCAGUGGACCUUCAGACGUAGAAGUCCCAGAUCCUGAUCGGCUAUAAACGCAUACAUAAACCAGCGAGAAUAACCCAAAUAUCAUAUAAAUAUAUAUCCAGAUAUUUCAACCAUCUAAAGGCAUCGGAUUCCUGACUUCUAAAGAUCACAUCCAUAGAACCUACGGACGCAGCUGGGGUUCCUUCUUCUUAUCUUGCUGAAUUCCUCCAGUACAGAAAUCUGAUCCAAGACAUGUUACCGGCGACAUUCAAACUCUGCGCUGGGAUAUCGUACAGGCAUCUUCGCAACAUGACCGGCCUUAGACGAACUGCUGCUGUGGCGCUGUCACACGAACUUGAGAAAUUGGCUUUAGUUGGGCCUGGGCCCAGUAAAUGGCUUAAUCAAGUGAGAAGGCGAAGCUCUUUAUUGAGUUCCAGACUUGAGGAGAAGCUCUACAAUGACGUUGAGAUGUCCUACAUCACACAGGGUGAGGAGGCCUUAAAGAAGUCCAUGAGCAUCCUUGGAGAGCAGGACGGAUGGAAAACAGAGAUUGUGGCGAAAAACGGAGAUAAAGUUCUAAGCAAAGUCCUCCCGGACAUUGGUAAGGUCUUCAAGCUGGAAGCAGUGGUAGACCAGCCCUUGGACAAUGUUUACAAAGAACUCGUGGACAACAUGGAGCAAAUGGGAGAGUGGAACCCCAAUGUCAAAGAAGUUAAGAUCCUGCAGAAGAUAGGGAAGGACACCGUGAUAACGCAUGAGAAGGCAGCAGAGACGGCUGGAAACAUCAUAGGCCCGCGGGACUUUGUAAGCAUUAGGUGCAGCAAAAGAAGAGGGUCUACCUGCAUCCUUGCCGGUAUGUCAACACGAUUUGGAGGCAUGCCAGAACAGAAGGGAUACGUUAGGGCAGAGAAUGGUCCCACAUGUAUGGUACUCCAUCCGUUGGUUGAAGAUCACUCAAAGACCAAACUAACCUGGCUACUCAGUAUUGAUUUAAAGGGGUGGCUGCCAAAGUCUCUCAUCAACCAGGUUUUGUCACAGACGCAAGUGGAUUUCGCCAAACAUCUCCGUUGUAGAGUCACAGCAACGCACCCUACUAUGUCCCUCUGCUAGGACCUCACUUUCCUUCUCCGAACUCAACACGUGUUUUUCCCGAAUGAUCCGGGAGAAUAGUACAUUUCCAGUACGCCAAAUGACCUCUAGGAAAGCUGUGGCCAAGAAGGUCAAUCAUCUGGUUGGCCUUGGCUCUGUUUUAACACUAUUAUCGCUAUUAACUACAUUAGGAACCAGUCUGACCUCAUCAAGGU